AUGCUUGUCUUCGUCGUCGCUGGAUUGCUCACGAGUCAGGUUGGCCUCUGCGCCCCGGACGCCUCCACCGACGACCAGAGUUCCGUCACAUGGAUCUACCCGAAAGGAGGAGAGGUCUUUCACUACCUCGACACCGUCAACGUGUCCUACCAGUCCUCCUACCCUGAGCCAUGGCUAUAUACCUUUUGUUACGAGAACAAGACAGCCAAUACCGUGAGGCAGAUCCGCAUGCAAGAAGCCGAGCCCAAUGAUGCCUCGAUGCUAAUUCUCAUGAAUUUCACGACCCUGACGUCCUGCUGGUUCAACCUGCGCGAGAACACCAGUUCAAACAAGGGAUCGAAUACUAAUAAGUGGUCCCUGGCGGAGAUCAAGCGUCAAUCUGGGCCGAUCACCACUGGUGCACCACUCCCAUCCACCACAACGACCACCUCGCUCCUCUCUUCCAGCUCAUCUUCGGCAGCGAGCACCACAGUGAGCGCCGACGCCAGCGCCAGCGCCACUGUGAGCAGCAACGAUGACUUAAGCACAGGUGCAAAGGCCGGGCUUGGAAUCGGUGUUGGGAUUGGAACUUCGCUGCUCUGUGCUGGGGCUUUCUGGCUGUACUACCGCCACGUCAAGAAGAAGGAGCACCACCAAGAGGUCUACAGGAGGAUCGUGGGCGGACAGGGAGGUGCGGCCGCACCGGGCCAGGAUGCUUUCACAACCCCCAACGAGCACCUGGAACCGUGGCGGUACGGCAGCACGCCGCAGCCGGCCCCAUCUGCCGUAGGCUCAGCCUAUUCUGGGGCGUCAGACCACAGCUCGGACUGGUACUCGAGCCAGGCCACCGUCAACGCCCCUUACCAGUACUACGACCCGGUGGGCAGCAGUCACCAUGUACCGGCAGUCCACCAUCAUCACCCGCCACCAAGCGUGCUCACGACAGCAAGCAUGACAGCCGAACCGCGCCCAUCAAUGAUCCGGGACCUCAGUAGCCCCCGCGCCGAGCACGUGCCCGAGGCGGCGGCCAUCCGGGAUGUGCAAGACCUGAACAGCAGCUUGUAUCCCUCCGAGUACAACGAGCCGGUCUCACCGGUCUCCGCUGACAGGGACGCACCGCCCCCUCGCACCUCGUCUGUGAACUAUGGACCCAUGGGCCGCCUCGAUGCUAGCACCGGCGCCGACUUCACGCUCCUGCCUGAUUAUACGUCGCCAACGGGCGGAGAUGACCAGCGCGAGGACGACGACGACCUCUAUGGCCCGCCCACCCCGCGAUCUCCGCCGCCUCCCCACUCGGCACACGCCCACAUUGCGAAUGAGCACCUUUCCCAGCAGCAGCCGCAGCCGCAGCCGCAUCAGGUCACGCAAGAGCACGCCUGGCAGCCGAACUCUCACAGCGCCAGCACCAACUUUGUCGAGCUGCCGACAGCGCAGACGCACCACGGGUACGGGCCCCGGGCCGAAUUGCCAGCCGGCGACGGGGUGCAGCCGGCGCUGAGACAACGGCCCUCCGACUUGCGAGGCCCGGAGCAGAAGUUCCUACUGCAGGACAUUGCACCUCUGCGGACGGAACAGCAUCGAGAUGGCGGAUGA